AUGGCUCCCCCGCGGCAGCGUGCGACAGCCGUUCACGAUGACUCUCGAUCCGAAGCAUCUAGUACUACAAGAGAGCAGAAGACUGGCGCUGGAAAAGGUCGCAAGGCAGCAAACAACUCUACGGUAGUGAACUCUGCCUCCCAUGUCAAGAUUUCCUCCAAUGUUGCCAAUGUCACCAGCGCCCCCAUGGGAGAUGGCGACCAGCCAGACAAUCAGCCCAAAGUAAGUUAUUUUCUUGCCAAACACCCGAAAUCACUGCCGUCCCCUGGUCCGAGAUGCCUCUCGAAUUCCUCCACUCCUACCGACACGCCUACAAAAUAUCCUCACCCAGCGCUAUCCCACCGAAUACUCCCAGCUCAUCCUCUCCAAAGGAAUCGGCCUUCUAUCCCCUACCUCCAUCGCCGCCCAACGGGCCCAUCUUCGCCAAAGCCAGAACACAAACGGCUCUCACACCAACAACAAAAAACCCCAUCCCCCCACAUCGCAAGCAAGAUCAAUGGCACAAAAGGCUCCUCAGGACACAACCACAAGAACCAAAGCGCAAUGGAAGGAAAGAAUGCCCUAAACCAUAUUAUCGGCCAGGAUCGCGUGAGCAAGAAUCACCUUGCAUUCACCGUCCGCAAACAUUUCAAUAGCGCCGGUCUCGCGGAGCAAGAAGCCAUUGCGCGGUUUCUGUACAAAGUUCGGGAAGAAGGCAGAGGAAGACAGUUUCGUCUGAGGUUUCAACCUUAG